AAUGAAAAUAUGAAUAAUAAUCAUUACAUUAAUUGAUCGAUCUUAUUAAGUAAACAUUAAAACUCAUGCAUAUCAAAAUAAAAGUGUGAAAUAUUAUUAAUAUACAAAAUCUAUCUUUCAUUAUAUUUUAAUAAUAUUGAUUGUGUUUGAAGCAAUAUUAUUUAAAACGUUAAAAUGGAUCAAAUGCUACCGAGUCCUGGGUUCAGUAUACCUAGCAUUGGUACUCCUUUACAUCAGCCAGAAGAGGAUCAACAGAUAUUACCAAAUGCAUUGCAACAGCAACAACAACAGCAACAACAACCACAGCAACAACAACAGCAGUAUCAGUUGCAACAAUUACAUUCUAUGAGUCCAAGUGUACAGGGCAGUAUGCUUAUGAUAACAACGCCUCAAAAAACCAUGCAUACUUAUGCACCAACUCCGUCUUUUGCUACACCUCAAAGUCUUAUGCAGCCGCAAACACCGCAAAACAUGAUGUCUCCUUUAGGACAACCGAACAAUCCUAUUGCACCAUCAUCUAUAGGACCAUCUACACCUGGACCUAUGACACCUAUGACUCCUGCUUCCGCAGAUCCUGGCAUUUUACCACAACUACAAAAUAUCGUAUCCACCGUAAAUCUAAGUUGUAAAUUAGAUUUAAAAAAAAUUGCCUUACACGCUAGAAAUGCCGAAUACAAUCCAAAAAGAUUUGCAGCUGUUAUCAUGCGUAUAAGAGAACCUAGGACAACUGCUCUCAUAUUUAGCAGCGGAAAAAUGGUCUGUACAGGUGCUAAAAGUGAAGAAGAUUCUCGUUUGGCAGCAAGAAAAUAUGCUAGAAUUAUUCAAAAGUUAGGUUUUCCAGCAAAAUUUCUGGACUUUAAAAUACAAAAUAUGGUUGGAAGUUGCGACGUUAAAUUUCCUAUUAGGCUAGAAGGUUUGGUACUUACACAUGGACAAUUCUCUUCCUACGAACCAGAAUUAUUUCCUGGUUUGAUAUAUAGAAUGGUUAAACCAAGAAUAGUAUUACUUAUAUUUGUGUCUGGAAAAGUUGUGCUUACUGGUGCCAAAAUUCGGCAAGAAAUUUAUGAAGCUUUCGAUAAUAUUUAUCCCAUUUUGAAGAGCUUCACAAAGAAGUGACAAAAUUUAUUCAUAUUUGUCAUCCAACAUACAAUUAGAAUAAUUUUGUUAUCUACAAAACUUGGUUAUUUCUUUUUUUUUUCUUUCGUUGCAGCAUUGAUAAGGACUGACUUAUCAUAACUUAAACACAAGGUAAUUUUUUCAAUAAUAAUUAUCGAUUAUAUACAUGACAAUUUUAAUUAACACUGGCGUCGGAUAAACAUAUAUGCGUAAUGCAUGUUUUCUGAUAGCGACCGGAUGACGUAAAAUUAGAUUAUUGAAAUUUUCAUAUAUAUAUUUUUUUUUUUUUGCUAAGAAAUAAACAGCUAUCACUAUUCACAAGUUGAAAAAUUCUGAUAAUUGAAUUUUAACAAAUUUAUAUUAUAAUACGAUCAAAUAAUUGACUACGUUUCCCAAAAUUUCCUUAGAAAAUAAUUAUUGAUUUUAACUUUAGACCAGUUUUUCUUCUCAAUGUAAUGAAAGUGAAACCAAAAAUUGCGAAAUUUUCCCGGUCUUGAGUAAAUUUCGGCUCGAAACGUUUCCUGAUGCCAAAGUGUUAAUGUUAAUUUUUAAUUAAAUUUACAUUACGAGUACGAGAUUGCAAUGAUGUUGUUUCCUAUUGAUUUAUUACUUAUUUAUAUUAUUAUUAUAAAUGUUCGAGAAAUUAAUUAAUAUGAUUAUUUUCUUAUUGUACAAAGUUUUGAUUUUACAUAUCAGGCAGCA